AUGGCGGCGAUCUGUGGGUUGGCCGCUCGACUGACGCCUGGCGUGGCGUUCGCAGGUUGCUCGAGGCCGGGCGUCCAGUUCGAAGGCAGGGCGCUGCGGCAGAACAGCGCCCACGCGGGAAACUCCGUGCAGGCCAACGGGGGUGGCUCCAGGGCAUCGGGGUCCUCUGUGUCCAUUGCCCACUCCGAG